AAGCAAUAUAUUAAAUGAGCCUUAAGAAACGUGGAAUCUCUGUAAGACGUUAGUCUAUUCAAUAUAGUAGUAAUUAACCAACAAACGAGGAAUGGCGGUUAAGAAUGAAUUGUGGUAUUUUUGGGUGGUUGAUUUCUAAUAAAAUGAGAGAAGUCAAGAACUCCCAAUCAGCACAAUGGAUAUGAAUAAUAUACCUUCACUUCCAGGCGUGGUUGCGGUUACAAUAUGCGCCACGUUGUUGUUUAUCUUCAUUCUCUUCCGUCUACGGAGAAGCAACAGUCAUGGUGUAGCUACAAAGACACCACCACCCGAAGCAGGCGGUGCUUGGCCAUUGAUCGGCCACCUCCAUCUAUUAAGUGUGUCCCAACCACCUCACGUCACCUUGGGAAACAUGGCCGAAAAAUACGGACCCAUCUUCACCGUACGUUUGGGUGUUCACAAAACUUUAGUUGUGAGCAGUUCGGAAAUAGCCAAACAGUGCUUCACCGUAAACGACGGAGCACUUGCUUCUCGUCCCAAUUCUGUAGCCUUUGAAAUUUUAGGCUAUAACUAUGCGAUGUUUGGUUUCAGUCCUUACGGUUCCUAUUGGCGCACAAUGCGCAAGAUAGCCACAGUCCACGUUCUCUCCGCCCAACAAAUAGAUAAGCUGAAGCACGUGAUGGAAUCAGAAGUGAAAGAGGCGGUGAAGAACAGUUACUCAUUUUGGUUAAAGUUGAAGAACGAGGGUAAUUCUGAAAGGGCAAUUACGGAAAUGAAAAAAUGGUUUGGGAACAUAGCGUUAAACGUUAUGUUUAAAACGGUGAUGGGAAAACGUUUUGACGGUGAUGAAGAAGAGAAUCAACGGAUUAGAAAAGCACUAAGGGAUUUCUUCGAUCUGCACGGUUCGUUUGUUAUUUCUGAUACGAUGCCGUUUUUGAGAUGGUUGGAUUUGGAUGGAAGAGAAAAGGAAAUGAAGAAAACGGCGAAAGAGUUAGAUGAAUUUGUUAGCGUUUGGCUUGAUCAACACAAACGCAACAAGAAUCCUAGUGGCGAACAGGACUUCAUGGACGUGCUUCUUUCCGCCGUUGAUGAUAAAGAUUUAGAUGGUCGCGAUGCAGACACCGCAAUCAAAGCUACUUGUCUGGCAUUGAUUCUAGCAGGUACAGACCCCGCAACAGGAACAUUGACUUGGACUUUAUCUUUACUUCUUAACAACCAGGAAGUCCUAAACAAAGCCAUUCAAGAAUUAGAUACACAAAUUGGUAAAGAAAAUAUGACAAAGGAAUCAGAUUUGACAAAAUUGGAGUAUCUCCAAGCCAUUGUCAAGGAAACAUUGCGUUUGUAUCCACCUUCACCACUUAAUAUACCUCAUGAGUCCAUUGAAGAUUGUACCAUCGGUGGAUACCAUGUGCCUGCUGGCACACGUCUCCUGACGAACAUUUCAAAACUCCAACGAGAUCCUAUCUUAUAUUUUGAUCCAUUGGAAUUUCGACCAGAGAGAUUCCUCACAACACACAAAGAUAUUGAUGUCAAGGGACAACAUUUUGAAUUGAUUCCAUUUGGUGCGGGCAGAAGAAUAUGUCCUGGAAUCUCAUUCGGUCUUGAAUUAAUGCAAAUAACGCUUGCUAAUUUGUUGCAAGGGUUUGACAUAAUGACUCCAAAUGGAGAAUCAAUUGAUAUGGUUGAACAAAGCGGUCUCACAAACAUCAAAUCUUCUCCGCUCCAAGUUAUUCUCACUCCUCGCCUGUCUUCCCAAGUUUAUGAUCACAACUUUAUGUGUAAAAUUGAUAAAAAGUGAUAUUCAUUUUAGAAUGGAUGAAAUAAUAAUAUGAACAAUAAGUUGUGUGUUGAACCAUUACAAAUAAACUAAAUAGCUAUUUAGAUGUUGUCUUUAUUUUUGAAAAAAUGAAUCAGUACCAUAUCUGGUCAUAUAACUCAA